AUGUCCGCAGAGGCUUCCGAGAGGGAGCCGGCUCUCAGGGCGCUGGUGAGGGAAGCUGAGGUCAGCCUGCUCGAGUGCAAAGUGUGCUUUGAAAAAUUCAGCCACGAGAAGGACCGGAGGCCCAGGAACUUGACCUGCGGCCACGUGAUCUGCCUGGGCUGUGUGACGGCCCUGGUGCAACCCCGGACCCGCACCCUCGAGUGCCCCUUUUGCAGGAAAGCUUGCAAGAGCUCGGAGACCAGUGACUGCUUACCGCUGCUGCAGUUCCUCGAGCUCCUGGGCCCCGUGCUCCGCGCACCCCCAUCCUCAGGGGCGGGGGCAGCCAGGGGACCGGAGGACCCGGCGGCCAAGUGGGUCCCCGGGGUUCUGACCUGCAGCCAUUCCUUUGGGGGUUGGGGGACCCUUAUCAACCCUACUGCGAUGGCUUUGUGCCCGAGGUCCGGUAGGGUGGUCAUAGUGCAUGACGGCAGGAAGCGAGUGAAGGUAUUUGACUCAGACGGAAUAUGUACCCAUCAGUUUGGAGAAAAGGGGGAGGCCGCCCAGGACGUCCGGUACCCGCUGGGUGUUACCGUUACCUCUGACGGCCACGUGGUCAUCACCGAUGCUGGGGACCUCUCAGUGAAAGUGUUUGAUUUUUCAGGGCAGAAUAAGCUGGUCAUUGGAGAUCGCUUCUCCUUGCCCUGGGGUGUGCAGACCACCCCGCAGAGGGAAAUUAUGGUGUCCGAUGCUGGGGCAGGGUCGCUUCACCUCUUGGUGGUUGAUUUUCAGAAAGGGGAGCUCAGGAGGGCGGAAAGGCUCCUGGCUCAUCUCUGCAGUCCCAGAGCCCUAGCUGUGUCUCCGAUCACUGGGGCCAUCGCGGUAACAGAGCACCUGCUAGCCCAGGGGUCCUCCCCUGCCAGCACCAGAGUGAAAGUGUUCAGCCCUGGCUUGCAGCUCCUGGGCCAGGUGGACACUUUUGGCCUAAGCCUUUUCAUUCCCUCCAAGAUAGAUGCCACUGCUGUGACCUUUGACCACCAGGGGAAUGUCAUUGUUGCGGAUACAACUAGCCAAGCUAUAGUGUGUUUAGGGAAACCUGAGGAGUUUCCAGUCUUGAAGCCUAUCAUUACCCAAGGGCUUUCUUACCCUGUGGCAUUGACUUACACAGAAGAUAAUUCCCUUCUUGUUCUAGACAGUGGAGUCCAUGCUGUGAAAGUCUAUAAAGCCGACUGCUCACUCUAGGCAGAUACAUGCACAUGUGCAUAUGUGUAUGUACUCUUAUUUUAAAAUCUAAUUUAUUUGAGUUGGGUUUCACAAAGAAAAGAUCUUAGGGAUUGUCUAGGGGUGGAAAGAGGAGCUUGUGAUUUCAUCAAAUCAACACAAUUCCUUUUCCUCUGUAGUACUCUCGAUGAAAUUACUAUUGACUUUGCCCCUUUGAGCAAGAAAAACAAAGACUUAUUCCAAAAAGGCAGGACUAUGUCUUCUUAGUGUGCAUUGCACAAAGUACUAGUUGCUUGGCUAGCUGAUGGAAAAGGUCUGCGCUGGCUCCCAGCUUUUCAAAUAUUGUAGAAUUGUGUGAGUGUUAGUAGCCCUGGACACCUGUGUUGUGGUAAGGACACUGCAGUGUACAGUACUGCAUAAUCUUAACUCACUAAGUCCUUAUGUUAGAGGCAGUUAGGCGGCCCAGUGGAAAGAGUGUUGAAGAUGGUGAUAGGAAGACGAGUUCAAAUCCAGCUUCAGAGAGUUAGCAGC